GUGCAGGGGGAGAACAGGGAUCAGUGGGGAUUUUGGGGCGAAUGUCCUGGGCUAGGUCAGGGGGUCAUGGGCCACGUAGAGGUCCCAGGCUGCAUCGCAGUCACAGGCUCACAGCUCUGUCCUGUCCCAGCACGUCACAGCGAGGAAGAUGGUGAAGGAGACAGGCUACUACGACUUGCUGGGCGUGCGGCCGGGCGCCAGCUUGGACGAGAUCAAGCGGGCGUACCGGCGCCUGGCACUGCGCUACCACCCCGACAAGAACCCCAGCGAGGGCGAGCGGUUCAAGCAGAUCUCCCAAGCCUACGAGGUGCUGUCGGAUGCCCACAAACGGGCGCUGUACGACCGUGGUGGCGAGCGGGCCAUGAAGGAAGGAGGCCUGGGUGGCCGCGGGGGAGGCAGCGGCUUCGGCUCCCCCAUGGACAUCUUCGACCUCUUCUUUGGAGGGGGAGUGCGGAUGCGUGGCCGGGCAGACAGGAGAGGGAAGACAGUGGUGCACCAGCUCUCAGUGUCACUGGAGGACCUGUACAAUGGCUCCACACGGAAGCUGUCCUUGCAGAAGAACAUCAUCUGCCGCAAGUGUGGAGGCUGUGGGGUGCGGGAGGGUGCCCAGAGAAGGUGCCCCAAGUGCCAUGGCUCGGGCAUGGAGGUUCGCAUCCACCAGCUGGGGCCCAGCAUGAUCCAGCAGAUCCAGACGGUGUGUUCCCAGUGCCAGGGCCAGGGCGAGUGGAUCCGGCCCCGGGACUGCUGCCUCACCUGCAACGGCCGCAAGGUUGUACGGGAGAAGAAGAUCCUCAGCGUGCACCUGGAUAAAGGCAUGAAGGAUGGGCAGAAAAUCACCUUCCACGAGGAAGGGGACCAGGUGCCUGGCCUGGAGCCCGGGGACAUCAUCAUUGUCCUGGACCAGAAGGAGCAUCCUGUUUUCCGGCGCAGCGGCGAUGACCUCAUUGUCAAGAGGGAGAUCAGCCUGGCAGACGCCCUGUGCGGGUGCCGGCAGGUGAUUCGCACCCUGGACAACCGCACCCUGCUCGUGUCCUCCCCGCCAGGUGACGUGAUCCGGCCUGGGGACCUGAAGUGCAUCCCCAACGAGGGGAUGCCUGUCUACAGGAGCCCCUUUCAGAAGGGAAAGCUCAUCCUGCAGUUCGAGGUGAAGUUUCCGGAGCCGGGCUGGCUCCCUGCUGACCGCCUGCGCCAGCUCCAGGCCUUCUUCCCGCCGCAGGAGGAGGUGAUGGCCACGGAGGACACGGAGGAGGUGGAGCUCAGUGAUUACACAGCGCACGGGGGGCCCGGCCGGCGGCCCUACACUGGAGAAGCGUAUCACGAGGAUGACUUCGAGGACGGGAUGCGCCAGCAUGUCCAGUGCCAGACCUCAUAG